AUGGCUGGCUUCCAACUCGGAAAAUGCUUAGCAGUGCUGUGCCUCUUUGCGCGGUAUGGCACCGCUGCAGGCGGAAAGAAACUUUUCCAGGUGUCGAAGAUCCUUAGAUUGCUGGAUGCAGCCAGGGUGGAGGCCGACAUUGCCAACGCCAGGAACCCCUGGGUCGUGAUGUACUAUGCCGACUGGUGUCCACAUUGCCAUCACUAUGCUCCCGUUUUUGAGAGGAUUGCUGGUGCCGUGUCGCCUGCUCAGCAAGGAGCCGUCGUGGCCUCGGGCAAAGUCUGGCUGGUGCACUUUGGUGCUGCCGCUCUGCAGAAGCAAUGCGACACCGGCUCACCUUUGGGUGGGAAGAGUCCUGACAAGAAAAUGGUUCACCAGCAAGACGCCUUCGUUGCUUGGAUUCGGAAGAACACGCCCACCGCGGCCUCUUCGCAGCCUGGGGCAGAGGCCAACCUCACCCUGCUUGGUCUGCACACGGUGCCCGGUGCCCUGCGGGGCCCUGCGGCCUCCUCCGGCGCCACCUCGGUUGCACCUGCGGCAGCUGCCAGCGUUCUUCGCCAAACGGAGGUCCAAAGCCCGGGCCAAGAGUUCUGGCGGGUGCUCCGUGAUGCGCUACCGGCACUUCACCUCGUUGAUGCCGAGGUGGCCAUCUUGUAUUCCCUCAGCCAGGGCGCCUUCCUGAAAGGCAGCGCAGAUGGCAUGCUGAGAGGUCAGAGCUUGGAAGAGCUCCAGCGUUGGCUCGACUUCCUAAGUCGCAGAUUGCCAGGCUCCAGCCACCGUGAUUUGAAAGCUUUGGCAGACAAGACUCGUGAGGCCGUUGGCCUUUCUGAGACAGGAGAUGCGUUAGCAGUGUCUGCCUUCCAGGAACUCCUGUUGAAGCAGGGGUUGGACAGGGCACCGCCAGAGGCCGGCAGCAAACCCGAUGCGUAUUGGCGUCGAUGCAAAGGUUUCACAUGCGGAUUGUGGACGCUCUUUCAUGUGUUGAGCCAGGCCAGAGGUCCGCCUGAGACUGCUGGGCAGGAGCUAUUAACUCGAAUCCGUGGAUUCGUUGCCAACUUCUUCGGCUGCCAGCAGUGCCGAGAGCACUUCCUAGAGGCUUUCGACUCUUGCAAGUUUGAUCGCUGCCGCCUGAAAGCCGACGACACGGCUGGUGCGGCGCUUUGGCUGUGGAAGGCACUUGCUCAGAGUCGGAGCGUUCUGCGGAGGCGACCACACCGGCAACACGCAUGUAUGUGUGUGCUUGCAAGCACUGGCCACGACAAGCACUGGCCACGACUUUGCUUCUGCCAACACGACUAUGUGUGGAAUGACAAUGCCGCGUCACCAGGCAACGUCGUUCUGCAAGCGCAAGCGUGCUCUCAGUUUCCUGCUUCUGCAGUCCACAGUUUUCUCUCUGCCCUCGCAAUCAAGACACAGAAUCACAGCGACCGGCGCGUGAUAACGCAUCUCUCACUUCUGAGCACAUGUGUGUGCGUGCAAGACUGGAUCAUGAAGAUGUGA